AUCGUCUGCUGUCCCAUUAGGAUGCCUGUGUUUGGUUUCAGUGUCAUUAGUUUGCACAACGUUCACCGUCGUGUCAGAAAUCCUGGAUGAUGUCCAGUUGCUGUGUGACGGAAAUAAACAGAAGGUGCAGUCCGGACCGUUCUCCAGUGUCGUUGGUAUUCUGGUAUUGAUGCAGGUAUCAUGACAUUCUGUGCUGGUGUUUGUGUUUUUGGAGAUGUGGCAAUUUGAAAGGAAGCUACCGUGCUGUUCCUCUGGUUCAUGUGUAAUCAGUUUUCCUGGACAACAAAGUCAGUCCUCCCCGGGCCUCGUCUUGAUUGGUUAGGGGAGGACUGGGUGGGAGAGGCGAUCUAUUGGAGAAGGACCCACAGACGCUCUCAGUUGCGUUCGGUCUGUUGGACGUACAAACACGUCCACGUCCUUCACAGCCUGACAGAUCUUCAUGGACAGGCAGAUCGAAGACCUGCCUGUCAAAGGCAGACGCUUACUCCCACAUGUUUCCUGCUAACAACCCAAAUUGAAAUAAAUCAUCCUUGGAUUUCUCUGGAUUGCAAAGACCAAGACAACACAUUAAAGGGACAAAAGAGGAAACUUCUUCACCGGCAAAAUCAGGUGCAACGAAGCAUCACGGGCAGAAGAAGAGACGUUUGACAGAGGAGACUAGGGGGAGGUGACAGGGAGGCACGGGUGAGGUAUGAAGGUCCAAACCCGCCAAGGACCGGUUUUAAUGUAAACACACGACAAAAUGCCAAACCUGCUGCCAACCUGGCACACCGGGAGGUGGGCCUCGCCAAGAGACACCACGCUGCUGCUCCUGCUGUUGCUGCUGCUCGUCUCCAGCCGCCAGGUGACAGGAUCUGUGCUUGAAAGUCUGAUUGCUAAACGGACAGAGUACUGGGAAAACUGCAGCCGGACUCUAGCAGCAAGCGCGCUGACAGUAACUGGAAUCUACUGUAAUGGAUCGUUUGACAUGUUUGUGUGUUGGCCCCAUUCGCCUCCUGGGAACGUGUCGGUUCCCUGCCCUCCUUACCUGCCGUGGAUCACUGAGGACGGCUCGCGGAGCGCCCACAGGGAAUGCCUUAAAAAUGGGAAAUGGCGGCAGGAGGAGAAUUCCUCGGAGACCUGGAGAGAUCACUCUGAAUGUCAGGAGGAACUUCUUCAUUACUUUAAAGACAAGGAGGACACAAUGUUCCGGCAGUCGGCCCUCAGGCUCAUCUCCAUUACUGGCUAUUCACUGUCCCUCUUCUCCCUCGUACUGGCCACUCUCCUGAUGGCCAUGUUGAGGAAGCUGCACUGUACCAGGAAUUACAUCCACAUGAAUCUGUUUGUGUCAUUCAUCCUGCGAGCGAUGGCCGUCAUUUCAAAGGAAAUCGUAUUACACAUCAUGUACACCAACCUGCCCACGGACGACCCCGGGUGGAACUCCUACUCCAGCUCUGCGAUAGCGGUGAUGUGCAAACUCUCCAAAGUGUGCAUGGAGUAUUUUGUAGCCUGUAACUAUUUCUGGCUCUUGGUUGAGGCCGUUUUCCUUCACAUGCUCCUGUUCACCGCCGUGCUGACCAAGAGAAGGCUGCUGAAGAAAUACAUGCUCCUAGGAUGGGGGACGCCCGUCUUGUUCGUGACACCGUGGACGGUCGUUAAGAUUUUAUAUGAAAACACAGACUGCUGGUCAAUAGUGAACCGGUGGUUCUGGUGGAUCAUCAGGGGCCCGAUCACUCUCUCAGUGCUGGUCAUUUUCAUCAUUUUCAUCAAGAUUCUGAUGCUGCUGCUGUCCAAGCUGAAAGCAGAUCAAGUGAAAUUUACCGACUACAGAUACAGUUUGGCCAGAGCGACGCUGGUCCUGAUUCCACUGCUGGGAAUCCAUGAAGUCGUCUUCACGGUGGUGAUUGAUGAAUGUGUGGAGGGAAGCAGCCGCUAUGCCCGGAACUUCAUCAACCUCACCCUCAGCUCUUUCCAGGGAUUGGUGGUUGCUGUGCUGUACUGCUUUGCAAACGGAGAGGUCCAAGCUGAGCUGAAAAAGCGCUGGCAGCUUUUCCUGUUCACCAACCACUUCCAGGUCCGGGGCUGUUUUCGGGGCGUGCCCCUGAAGCAUCUGUGGGAGCGCACCCGAAGGUGCCACCCACAGUUCUCCAGACCGAGUGACUUGUACGAUGACGACAGCACUUCCACAGCCCAUCCACGCUUUCUUCAGGUGGCUGUACAUGGAAGGGAUAGAGCGCUUAGAGCUGGAGAGGUUAAAGGUCACGGGGCGAGAGGCUGCGAUUCUACAGGUUUUGACUUCCUCACUCGGAAGAGCUUGUCCAGUAGUGACGCAGAGAUGACGCUCGGUGAAACAAUGGAAGAGAUUCUGGAAGAGAGCGAGUUCUGACCCAUGUUAGCCUCACGGGUCUUAGCAAACACAGACAUGUGUACAUGAACCAUAGACUGUGUGAAUACUGGACAAGUGUCUGAUGACCCAUCAUCCAAAUGGUUCACAUUGAGCUGACCUUCAAUGGCAACUCUGGAAGUGACCUACAUCUCUGCCAUGUUGGGUCUAAAUUGGGUUGAAAAUCAAAUAUCUUGACCUUGACCUUUGCCACAAUAAAUUCUAUCAGACCAAUUUUGGGGUCAAACUUCAUCAACAUACCAAGUCUGAUAGAAACCA